AUGGGACAGGGAUUUUCUCUUGCGGCCCCUCCCGCGGGAGCUGCCGGCAUUGAUGUUCCCGAGCUCGCCGACCUGGUCUAUGAGAAGUCUAUUGGCAAUGGACGGUUCAUGAAAAGCGUCCGCGCGCGCCACCGAGAUGGCGUUGUACUUGCCAAAGUGUUGAUCAAGCCAUAUCCCAUGUCCCUCGAGCCGUACAAAAAAGCGAUACUUCGGGAACGACGAGCUCUUGCCAACGUUCCGAACGCCCUUCCAUAUCACCGUGCAAUCGAAACAGAGACAAACGGGUACCUCGUUCGGCAGUUUCUCUACAACUCACUCUACGACCGUUUGAGCACCCGCCCCUUCUUGGAGGACAUCGAGAAAAAGUGGUUGGCCUUCCAGCUUCUUUGCGCUCUUCGGGACUGUCAUGCUAAGGACGUCUACCAUGGAGACAUUAAAACUGAAAACGUGCUGGUCACCUCUUGGAAUUGGCUCUAUCUAUCGGACUUCUCGUCCUCCUUCAAACGUGUCAUGCUGCCUGAGGACAAUCCUGCCGACUUCUCCUACUUCUUCGACACCUCUGGCAAGCGGACAUGCUAUCUUGCACCAGAGAGAUUUUUACCACCUGGCCAGGAUGCUGAUCCCAACGCCAAAGUGACAUGGGCCAUGGACAUCUUUAGCGCGGGCUGCGUCAUCGCUGAACUCUUUCUCGAAACCCCCAUCUUCAACCUCGCUCAGCUGUUCAUGUACCGGAAAGGUGAAUAUGAUCCGUCCAUCUCUCAUUUGAGCAGAAUUCCUGACAAGGAUCUGCGGGAAAUGAUCGCCCACAUGAUUCAGUUGGACCCAGAAAAGCGCUACUCGGCCGAGCAGUAUCUGGAGUUUUGGAAGGGAAAGGUGUUCCCAGAAUACUUUUACAACUUUUUGCACCAGUACAUGGAGCUUAUCACUCAUAUCUCAUCCAACCAAAGUUUACUUCCGAGUUCUGCACGGCACUUAAGCCAGCCGGAUCAGAGAAUCGAGCGAGUAUGGCUGGAUUUCGACAAGAUAUCAUACUUUCUCGGGUAUCAGACGGGUCUGCAUCACGAUGAGGAGCCCCAGCUCUCUUCAUGGCUGGGUCUCGGUCACUUCCCUGUGCGGCUCAACAUACCGAAUAAUGAACAUUACGUAUCUGCUGAGAAGCAACCCUCUGCAGACGAUGGGACGCUGAUCUUUUUGAACCUAAUUGUCUCUUCCCUCCGGAACACUCAACAUGCUUCUGCGAAGAUCAAGGCGUGCGAUAUCCUCUUGGCCUUUGCGGAGAGGCUCUCUGAUGAAGCAAAACUCGAUCGGGUGCUUCCGUAUCUCAUGGCGUUGCUUACCGACAAGUGCGAUAUGGUCGUUGUCGCCGCAAUUCGAACCAUUACACAGUUGCUUGAUCUUGUGAAGAUCAUUAACCCCGUGAACUCUCAGGUUUUCUUGGACUACAUCAUGCCACGACUUCAGCCUGCGCUGUUGAACCCGCAACGUCCUUCUAGUCCCAUUGUUCGAGCAACCUAUGCGUCAUGUUUAGGAAAGCUUGCAACGACGGCCACUCGCUUUCUUGCCUUGGCUGCCGCCCUCAGAGCUGAUGGCUCAGGCGCAUUCUCCGAUCCCGAGGUCGAACCUGGGAACGAGCCCAAGGCCACUUUUGAUGGCCUCUAUGAUGAUACCCGUAGAGAGCUGGCUGAGAUUUUCGAGACUCAUACCAAGGCACUCAUCGAGGAUUCGGAUCCCUUUGUCCGAAGGGCCUUCCUCACUUCAGUACCGGACUUGUGUAUCUUUUUUGGGGCUGCGCAGGCAAACGACAUUAUUCUCACGCACCUUAACACUUACCUAAACGACCGAGACUGGACGCUCAAGUGCGCAUUCUUCGAUACCAUAGUGGGUAUCUCUGCGUUCUUGGGCAGCAACACUCUCGAGAAGUUUAUUCUCCCUCUAAUGGCCCAAGCAGUUACCGACCCAGAGGAGCAUGUAGUGCAUAGUGCUCUGCACUCCCUUGCAGAGUUAGCGAGCCUGGGGCUGCUCACGAAGCAGACGUACCUGGAGCUUGUCGGAGGUAUCGCGCGAUUCACCAUGCAUCCAAAUCCGUGGAUUCGGGUGUCAGCUGUCGACUUUAUCGCAGCCGGAAGACAUUCCCUGAGUCAGGCCUAUCUCCGGGUCAUGGUGCAACCUCAUUUGAUCCCCUAUCUCAAGCCGGAAAGGUUGGUCGAUUUCUCUAAGCUUGGUUUACUCGAUACGCUCCAAAAGCCGCUGUCGCGGACGGUAUUCGACCAGUCCUUGGUAUGGGCCUCGAAGUCGGAGAAGAGCGACUUCUGGAAACCUUUCCGCAGAAGCCGCGAGGCUGGUCCAACGCCCAUGAACUCGUCAGGGGUCAUGAGUAUUUCUGGUUCUCAGGUGUUAUCAGCUAAGUCGGCUAAGAAUGAAGAAGACGAGCAGUGGCUUAACAAGUUACGCAAUUUGGGGCUUUCGAAGGACGAUGAACCCAAGUUGUUCGCACUCAGGGAGUUUAUCUGGCGGCUAAGUCAAAUUAAGGCCAGAGACUCGGCGACGCAGGAGACUGUGAACACAUCACAACUGAACAGCAUUAUUCCUCUCCGCAGCUUGGGUAUCACUCCGCAAACCGUUUUGUUCGAUGAGACACGGCCUACGAAGACCCUCCCUGAUCAGGAUGCAGGCGCGCCGAAGACGAUCAAAGAUGCUCUUCUUGAUGCCUCCAUGUCAGUUGAUGGCCCCAUCAACAAGAAAAAGCGUUUUGCAGUGAACACCUACCGCUCUAACUUGAGCAGCACGGAUAAAAUGUCUCCACAGGCCGCAGAUGGCAAGAUCAUCCAAGAGGAGGACGGUUCGACAUCAACUGCCAAACCUGGGGAAAGGUCUAGGGAUGAUGCAACUCAUCGACCGUCAACGGCACACGGCAAGGCAGCUGUUGGCCCCACCGAUGAUGCCGCUUCUGUGUCGUCAAAGAAAACCUUGCGGUUCCAGCCAUGUGCCAUCAGUCUCAUGAAUCGUAAUGACAACACAAAAGCCAGCCCGGAAACUGGAACAACUGAAGCAAACGCUUUUGGCGAGGUCGAAGCCCCGCUGAGUCAAACCCCUGUACGACUCCCGUCCUUCCCUGAUACAGAGUCCGUGCUGGGCAAGAACAAGGAACGGCUGCGCCCCAAUCACUCAUACAGCGGCAACGAUCCAAACAUUUUGAAGAUGCUCAACGCUAUGUAUAUCGACAACUAUCCUCAUGACAUUAUUGAGUACGGACCGCUUGUUACUCCAAUCAGUCAGAAGCGAGCAUCAAAUAGGACGACAGCAUCUCGGCCUAAGGACGAUGGCUGGAAGCCUUCAGGCAAGCUUGUAGCGACCUUUUCUGAACAUACAGGAGCCAUCAACCGCGUGGUCGUUUCUCCUGACCAUCAGUUCUUCCUGACUGGCGGUGAUGACGGAUGUGUCAAAGUCUGGGACACAGCACGCUUGGAACGCAACAUCACUCAUCGGUCAAGACUGACGCAUAAACAUGCCCCUGGUGCCAAAGUAGUUGCACUUUGCUUCAUUGAAAGCACACACAGCUUCAUCAGCUGUGCUACUGAUGGCAGUGUCCACGUUGUUAAAGUCGACACGGUGUUCAGCGGAAACACCUUCCGCUACCCACGACUCCGACUUUUGCGAGAGUACCAGCUGGCUGACGGCGAAUAUGCCGUGUGGUGUGAGCACUUCAAACAAGAGGCCAGCUCCGUCCUGAUUCUUGCCACCAACAAGUCUGUCAUCCUCGGGAUCGACUUGAGAACCAUGUCGCUGCUGUAUCGUCUGGAAAAUCCCGUACAUCACGGGACACCGACCUGCUUCUGCGUCGAUCGUAAGCGAAACUGGCUGUGCCUUGCCACCUCUCAUGGCGUCCUCGAUCUUUGGGACCUUCGCUUCAAGAUGCGUCUUAAAGCUUGGGGCGUGCCUGGCAAGGGUGCUAUUUAUCGCCUGGCUAUCCAUCCGACCAAAGGCCGUGGAAAGUGGGUCUGUGUUGCCGGCGGCACAGGCCAAGGUGAAGUGACGGUAUGGGACCUUGAGCGGACACUAUGCCGGGAGGUUUACCGCGUUAGUGGCAAUAAAGAAGGGCCUAAGGGCUACGAGGCGUGGGAGGUGGACGAAGACAAGCCUGAGGGCAUGCUGGGCCGUUUCGCGACAGACAUCGACCCUGCUUCAUCAGCCAUUACUAUGGGUGGGAAUGCUGACCGCGGCGUUCGCGCCAUGUAUGUUGGAAUUGCGGACUCCAUAUCCUCACCGGGGGAAGAUCGCGACAUUCGCCAUGCAUUCAUCAUUACUGCUGGAUCUGACAAGAAGCUCCGCUUCUGGGACCUCGGUCGUAUUGAAAAUAGCGUUGUCUACAGCGGUCUGCAGCCUGAUGAGGGUCGCCCUACAUUCACCGCAAGCCAUCCUACCCCGAGCAUGACGCUGAAUACCGAACGUUGGCCGAGGCAGCAGGAUCACUCAGCAUCGUCUUCGGCAGUGGCAGCUGGUGCAGGGGCGAACGGGGGUUCCCUAUCACCAUCUUCAAGAAGAGGGAGCACCAACACUUCCACAACGGGAGGAAGCCGGUCAAGCGGCACCGUGGGCGGUAGGCCGCCGCGGUCGACGGUCAUCUCGUUGCAGCAGCAACAGCUAUUGAAGAGUCAUCUGGAUGCGGUCACAGAUGUGGCCGUUCUGGAGUCGCCUUAUAUGAUGAGCGUUUCGGUGGAUAGAAGCGGAGUUGUGUUUGUUUUCCAGUGA